UCAGUGAAUUGUGCUUAUCAACAUAACCGUUUUGGAAAUUGAUGGAUAUUUAAUGCAAAGCCAAUCGAGUUUUGAAAGUAGAAAGCAGUUAGAAGGAGGUCGACAGCAAGAGGCGAGAUAAUUAUUAAAUGGUUUCGAAAGUUUAGUGAAAAGCAAAUUGGAUUGAACAGCAUCAAGAUAUCGAAGAGUUCAUAUGGAGACAAAUUUAAAUUAGAAUUAAUGAGAACAAGAAUGUCAGAUCUGGUGAUGUGUGAAGACGUAGUUUGAAAAUUGUGAUUAGGAAAACGAACCGUGACUUAAAAUUUAAUAUUUUAUGCUGAAAUUGUGGAAGAAAUUGAUAUUUACAUUGAACACUCGAAGCUUUUAAGCUUGAUACGGUUGCUGAAUAAUUUAUAAAUUCUUACGAUUGAUGUUUUAUGAAUUUCCAAACAAUUACUAGGAAAGAAGAUGGUGAAGAGUGACAAAAAUUUAAAAGUCUCAUGAAAUAUUUAUGCUAGCAUGUAUUUACCGAUGGAUAUCAUCAAGAUGAGUGGUGAAAAUUGUGAUGCUUAACAAGAUUCCAUAAAAUAUCCUUUAGCAGUUGAAGUGAACUUACAAAGUGUUAAGUUAUAAAGAAGACGGAAAUACUUGGAAAUUUCAUUCUUUCUGAAGGUUUAAAGCUUGGCUGGUUAUCAGAAAGCAUCAACGAAGAAGAAUGCCAGCGCAAUAUAAAUUUAUUCUAUUUCUAAGCUUUAUAGCUUCGAUACUUUAUGAUUUAAUUCUCGCAGAAGGAAAUUCAUCAUCGCUUGCAAUAACGCAAAGCACGACAUUCAUCACUGGUCCAUAUCUAGAAGGCAACGGAAUUACCAACGUUACUACACAAAUAUCAACACACGCUUAUUUACCAUGCAAAGUGAAGCAACUUGGAAACAAGUCAGUAUCAUGGGUUCGCGUCAGAGACGAUCAUAUAUUAACAGUUGAUAGAAUGACAUUUAUUGCCGACGAACGCUUCCAGUCAUUUUUCGUCGAAAGUUCCGGAAUCUGGACGUUGCAAAUAAAAUAUGUACAAGCACGUGACGCAGGACUUUAUGAAUGUCAGGUCUCAACUGAACCGAAAGUAAGCGCUCGUGUUCAUCUACAUGUUGUUGUUCCUCGAACAGAAUUGAUAGGUGAUCCCGAUCGAUAUGUGAAAGCAGGAAGUACGGUCAUCUUCAGAUGUGUCGUUCGUGGUGCCCUUGAGCAGCCAUCGUACAUAAUUUGGUAUCAUGGGUCACAGCAAGUUUACGUUGAAAAUCGACGUGGUUGGAAAGUCCAAUUCGAACGAGAUGUUGAAAGCGACACUCAUAGUUCAGGGAGUCUUCUGCGUCAGCAGUAACGUCUGCAUGUUCUCCUAGUCUAGGUCUUUAUGGUAAUUUAGUUCCUUUUGUUUUAUCAUUUUUCCUUUUGAUUCAGACAUGACAUGCGAUUGCAAAACGAAUAGUGAACUAAAUGUUGGUACUUUUAAGCUUUUAAUUAUAUCAUUUGUUAUCAAUAUUCAUUUUCUUUGUUGAUUAUUCAUUCUCCUGUCCUUUAUGAAGAUACAGAUCAUUAAACAUAAUUCUUUUCUGUAUGUUUUUAUACGAAUAAAUAUCUAAAUAUAAAAGAAGAAAAAUUAUGUAAGAAAUAAAGAAAUUUAUGAAAAAUGGUAGAAACGUUAAGAUCGUCGAAAAUUACGAAGGAAAUUAAUGACAAGUAAUUAAUGAAA